AUGGCACAAGCACUCAUCGAACUGGAAAUGAAUAGUGAUUUGAAGGCGCAACUUCGCGAAUUAUAUAUCACAAAGGCGAAAGAAGUUGAACUCAACGGCAAAAAGUCAAUAAUAAUAUAUGUACCAAUUCCACAACUGAAAGCUUUCCGUAAGAUUCAGAUACGCCUUGUGCGAGAAUUGGAGAAAAAAUUCACAGGAAAGAAUGUGGUCUUCAUUGGAGAAAGGAAAAUUUUACCUAAGCCAACCAGAAAAACUCUCACAAAGAAUAAGCAAAAGCGACCAAGGAGCCGCACAUUGACAGCAGUAUAUGAUGCCAUUCUGGAAGAUAUAGUUUUUCCUGCUGAAAUUGUUGGAAAGAGGAUCAGAGUGAAGCUGGAUGGAUCCCAGCUCAUCAAAGUGCACCUAGACAAGACUCAGCAAACAAACAUUGAGCAUAAGGUCGACACGUUUGCAUCUGUCUACAAGAAGUUAACGGGAAGGGAAGUGACAUUUGAGUUCCCAGAAACUUAUUUGUAACAAUAUUUGUAAGACAUUAAAAUGGUUAUUUAAAAUGUGGAGAA